GACAGAAUUGGGCUGCACUGGCGGGCCAAGCUGGCUUUGCAGACCAGGUCCCUCGGAGGCCCAUCCACCAGAAGCUCCGCCUGCAGGAGCCCGCCCACGAAAGCCCCGCCCGCGAGCGUCUAGCUUCCCGGCUCCCCGGCUCGCCCUGCGUUCGGGAAGUGCUGCGGACCCAUGGGUGAGGACUGGGUGCUGGGCCCGGCGGCGGGCUCCUCCUUGCUGCUGUGCUCGGCGUUGCUGGCCGCGGGGUGCGCUCUGGGCCUGCGCCUGGGCCACGGGCGGAGCGCGGUGGAGCGUGGGGUGCUGGCCUGGCUCUGCUACGAUGCCCUGGUGCACUUCGUGCUGGAAGGCGCUUUUGUCUACUUGUCUGUAGUGGGGAAUGUUGCAGAUUCCCAAGGCUUGAUUGCAUCUCUAUGGAAAGAGUAUGGCAAGGCUGAUGGAAGAUGGCUGUAUUCUGACCCAACCAUUGUGUCUCUGGAAAUUCUGACUGUUGUCUUGGAUGGGUUUCUGGCAUUGGUUCUCAUUUACGCCAUAGUCAAGGAGAAAUAUUACAGGCACUUCAUACAGAUCACCUUGUGCGUGUGUGAACUCUACGGUGGCUGGAUGACCUUCUUCCCUGAGUGGCUUGUGGGAAGCCCCAACCUCAACACCAAGAGCUGGCUCUACUUUUGGGUCUAUUUGGUGUUUUUUAAUGGCCUGUGGGUUCUGAUCCCAGGACUGCUGCUGUGGCAGUCAUGGAGGGAACUAAAGGAGACAUAUUUCCAAGGGGCCGAUUUAGAGAAAAAGUAUGAGUAAAGUCUGGGAAACAUUGUGCUCUGAUGUUCUGCUGUAUGAGUCAGGAUUGACCGGACAUUCUAGUCAAUACUUCCUUUUUACAGUGUUGCUUCCAGACAACCGUUACAGAUGGAUGGGAGGGCGACAAACGUGGCUGUUUGUUUGUGUCCUUUGAUUGAAUGACAAUAUAAAGAAAGGAGGACAUGGGGUGUGGUGCUUGCCUUAGUAUUCCCAAGACCCCGAGCUGCACUCUCAACACUACAAAGGGGUGGCGGGUAAGUUUUCACUUGUAAUAAGAUCAUAUUAAAUUAGAUGCUCUUAUGACUUGCAUAAGUGUUAUGCCAUGUUAGUGAAUGGUAUUGCAGAAUACUGUAAAGAGCAGGAUAAAUUUUUAUUCCAAAAGAA